GUUAUCCUAAUAUUUGUCUGUGUAUUGACCAAGGAAUCUGUAGAAAUUGCACCAGUGCCAUAUACGCUGCAAGUCCAUCGGGUGGCUGUGGGUGGAAAAGACCCCUCUAACCCCUUGAGGAAAGAAAAGAGGCAGGUGCAGUGUCCAUUGGGACAAUACCUACAUCCCAGAGAAACCCACUGCUGCAUGAGGUGCCAUGCAGGUACCUACAAGGCAAAAGACUGUGAUCGACCUGACCAGGCACCUGUCUGUCUUCCGUGUGCUAAAGGCACAUUCACAGCUGUUGAUAACACCAUGUCUAAAUGCUUCCAGUGUACACAUUGCCGUACAGAAUUCCAGCAGAUAGUAGAGAGCCCUUGCACCCCAAAGCAAGAUACCAUAUGUGGCUGUCGGAAGAAUCAGUAUCAGACUGACCCAUCUGAUCUCUUCCAAUGUAGGAACUGCAGCUCCUGUCCCAAUGGGAUUAUUGCCAACUGUUCAAAGAACAGCAACACAAUUUGCAGGUGUAAGCCUGGAUUCUUCCUGACACUUAGUAACGUUUGCAAGCCUUGCAACAGGUGCACUGGAGAAGAAUGCUUGCAGUGUCCUAGCCCAGUGACUACCUCACCCGCUUCGUCUGGGCUGAAUGGGAGCCUUGUCCUUGGCAUCAUCGUUGCAAUAUUUGGAGUUAUCUCUGUCCUCUACAUUGUAAAUAAAGUAGUGAAGCUGGUCCAGAAAAAUGGGAUAGCAUCAUCUUUCUACUCCUGUGUUUCUUUGCCGCAGACAACCAAGGACCCAGUACCUGAGGUUGAGGUAAAAAGAAAUGAAAUUUCCAUCCUUCUUCCUGAGUCCCAGAAGGAAACAGAAUUGUCACUGAAUGCAGCACCACCACCUGCGCCUCUGCCUCAAAGUUCCCAUGAGCUGCCAGACUGUGUCACACCCGCCAGGAAGACACAGCUUCCAGACAACCCUGCUAUUCUUUACACUGUGGUAGAUUACGUACCACCAUCUCGUUGGAAAGAGUUUGUGAGGCGUCUGGGUCUGAGUGACUACGAUCUAGAGCGAAUUGAGAUGGAGCAUCGGCGUCUACGGGACGCCCAGUAUGAAAUGCUUAGACUGUGGAAACUGCAGAUGGGCCAUGCUGCAACGGUGGAGCACAUCAGCUAUGUUCUCAACCAGAUGGAGCUGAGUGGCUGCAGUGAAGCUAUUCAGGAGGCUUUGCUGAACCAGAACUGUCCUCAACCUUGCAGCCUCCACAGCCACCUUUAA